AUGCAAUCAUGGGAGCUUUUAAAGGACAAGCUUCAAGAAAUUGAACCUGAGGCAAACUUGGCUGCAACCAAGAAAAAAAUUGAGCAUAUGCGAUCGGCUUUCAAUAGAGAGCACAAAAAGGUUAAAGAAUCAGGAGCAGGAGCCAAUGAUGUCCAUGUUCCUAACCUGUGGUACUAUAAUUUGCUGCUGCCUAUUUUUGACAAGAAAGAUGAACAACCAAGAUGCGGGGUAGACACGCUGUCCAGUGAUGAAGAAUCCGGACCAUCAAAACAUGAGAAGGGCAGAAAAAAGUUAAAUAUCUUUGAAAUUAAAAAAAAGGAAAUUAAUAGAUACUGCACAAGAAUUGUUGCAAAGCGAUAA